AUGUCGCCGAAUGGCUUUCAAGCAAUCUUAAGACUUUCCAUAUUGAUUCCGGUCAUUCAAGCUCAAUUUCCCCCAACGCCAGAAGGCGUCACCGUCCUUGAAUCGAGGUUUGGCAAUGGCGUCAAGAUUAGCUAUAAAGAGCCGGGUAUCUGCGAGACGACGCCGGGUGUUAAAUCCUACGCUGGCUACGUCCAUCUUCCACCCAACUCACUCGAGGACUUGGGCGAGGAGCAAGACUACCCUAUUAAUACCUUCUUCUGGUUUUUCGAAGCCCGGAAUGACCCGGAUAACGCGCCACUCUCCAUAUGGCUGAAUGGCGGUCCUGGAAGUAGUUCAUUAUACGGACUUUUCACCGAGAACGGCCCUUGCUACGUCAAUUCCGACUCCAACUCGACCACGCUGAGCCCAUGGUCAUGGAAUACAGAUGUCAACAUGCUAUUUCUUGAUCAACCGACUCAAGUAGGCUUCUCAUAUGACACCUUACAAAAUAUCACCCAGGAUCUUAUCUCUGGGCAGAUCUCCAAGCUUAAUGAGUCUGACCCUAUCCCCGAGCAAAAUACAACCCUCUUAGUCGGCACAUACCCAAGCCAGAACAGAAACCAAACGGCCAAAGGCACUCGUAAUGCCGCCAUUGCCUUGUGGCACUUUGCACAGUCUUGGUUUCAAGAGUUCCCCGGUUACCAUCCUAAUGAUUCCAGGAUCAGUCUAGCUACCGAGUCCUACGGCGGCAGAUACGGCCCGGAAUUCACGGCCUUUUUCGAAGAGCAGAACCAGAAGAUCAAGAAUGGCACUUGGAACGGUACAGACGGAGAGAAUUACAUCCUCAAUCUCGAUACGCUUAUCCUCAUCAACUCUUGUAUCGACCGCCAGGUUCAAUGGCCUGCUUACCCGCAUAUCGCCUAUAACAAUACGUACGGCCUGGAAACCGUCAACGAAACCAUUUACUUGCAAAUGGUAGACGCUCUCGACAAGCCCGGCGGAUGCCGUGACCAAAUUAAUGAUUGUCGCGCUCUGGCGCUUCAGUACGACCCCGACAACAUCGGUAUUAAUGAUACCGUGAACAGAGUAUGUUCGGAUGCCGAAACGUUCUGUUCUGAUAAUGUCAGGGGACCGUAUCUUGAAUAUUCGGGCCGCAACUAUUACGAUUAUGCAUCGCUCGAUCCUAACCCCUUUCCGGCCCCAUUUUUCGGUCUCUAUCUCAACCAACCCCAUGUUCAGAGAGCGAUUGGUGUUCCUAUUAACUACACUCAAUCUUCGAGCGCUGUAGCCUCUGCUUUCAGAGCUAUAGGAGACUAUCCCCGGCCGGGCUGGAUCGAGGACCUCACAUUCCUGCUCGAAAGCGGCAUAAAGGUCCACCUCAUGUACGGCGACCGAGACUAUGCGUGCAACUGGAUCGGUGGCGAGGCCGUUAGCUUGGCAGUCAACUACUCAGGCACCGAAAAGUUUCAUGCCGCGGGAUACACGGAUAUCGUUAUAAAUGAAACGUACAUUGGAGGACAAGUCCGCCAGUACGGCAACUUUUCAUUCUCGCGCGUGUACGAGGCCGGGCACGAAGUUCCCGCAUACCAGCCCGAGACGGCGUAUAAAAUGUUCCACCGCGCCCUAUUUAACAAGGACAUCGCGACUGGCACUGUCGACCUCGUUGGGAACACCGAAUAUGUGACCGAGGGGCCGGCCGACACGUGGGCGAUUAAGAACCAAGACCCACCGGACCUGUUGCAUUUCUGUUAUGUUUACGACACUUCCACGUGCACCGAGGAGCAAAUUGAGAGCAUACUCAACGGCACGGCUGUCAUAAUCAGCGGAAUCAUCAAGGAUAAAAAUUCGACGCAGCUGGGAGGUCAAGGCAAUUCCUCGCCCCAUGCAAUAUCCACUUCCAUAGCGGUCGCUAGUGAGAGUUCCUCGGUAGCUGGAGGUUGUGUCGCGACUCGUAUAAGGGGAAUUGAUGCACGGAUUCUUGGGGUUUGGGCUGCAAUGUUAAAAUUGAUACAUAUUUAG